CUCAGAGGUUAGAUUUGAUUUUGAUUUUAAGUAAAGGUUUACUACAAAAUGCCAAAACAAACAGAAAAAAAUGCCCAAGGCAUGUUUAAUCAGGGAACAACUAAUAAGCAAGUGAAUUAAAUUGUUUUUAUUUUCAGAAAGGUCCAGCUAUCAGAUGUGAUGUCGGUUGUCAGUUUCCCAGCUGAACUAAUACUGAUUAAAAACGUGCCUUCAUUAAUUUGCAUAUAACCUUUAUGCAAAGUGUGCAAGCUAAUAAAAUGAUUGGUUUUCUAUUGUUGUGCUUUAUCCUUGGCCAACCAUUGUCCCUUUGAAUAAUUGGUAGCCAUGGAUUUUGCCUGUUUUAUUUAUUUUUUUCCCUUGGUCAGCAGCUACUAGUUUUGUCCCCAAGAUCAAUUACCUUGGUAACAAAACCAGAGAAGGAAGCAGUGGGAAGAAGAGGGAAAAAGGAGGGAUAAAGAGACACGAGCAGACAGUGAGAGAGAGAGAGCGCUUUGUGCCCACAAUGGCGACUGUAGGUAUGCUAAAUACCUCUGGUUCCUUAUCCGGGAACUACCUCUUCUUCUGCUAUUGGGCAACUGGGUCACGUGGUUAAAGUAACUUUACAGGGCUGCUCGCAAGUAGGAGGGCUUUAUGGAGCAGAAAAACGACAAAGCUAGAAAAAUUAUUUUCCACUCCAGAAAUUAAUGAUCAUGAGCUCGUAUUUGAUGGAGUCUAACUACAUUGAUCCGAAAUUUCCUCCAUGCGAGGAAUAUUCGCAAAACAACUACAUCCCCGAGCACAGUCCAGAAUAUUACAGCCGCGCAAGGGACACUGGCUACCAGCAUCACCACCAGGAGUUAUACCCUCCUCCGCGGGCGAGCUACCAAGAGCGCCAGUAUAACUGUGCAAGCAUCCCCGAGCCCGACACGCCGCGGGGACACGGAAUACCCCACUCCGCGCACCUGCUGACGGGAAAGGGCCAGCCUGCGUCAUGUGAGACCCCACAGUUGUCCAUGUCCCCCGCCACCCCGCCGGCCGCAGCCUCCGCCUGCAACCAAGCCACCCCGGAGCAUCCCAACAGCACAGUCUCCUCCAAACAGCCCGUGGUGUACCCGUGGAUGAAGAAAAUUCACGUCAGCACUGUGAACUCUGGUUACAAUGGGACGGAGCCAAAGCGGUCUAGAACAGCUUACACCCGGCAGCAGGUCUUGGAAUUGGAGAAGGAAUUCCACUAUAACCGGUAUUUAACCCGACGGAGGCGCAUUGAGAUCGCGCACACCCUGGUGCUCUCCGAGCGGCAGAUUAAAAUCUGGUUUCAGAACCGCAGGAUGAAAUGGAAAAAGGAUCACAGGCUGCCGAACACCAAAGUGAGAUCCUCCUCCUCUUCCUCGUCCUCCUCCUCCGGGUCCAACACAGGCUCUGCGGCCGGCGGAGUCGCCGCUGUCUCGGCCACCAACACUGGGGCCCCCGACGAACUCACAGGAGCACAGCAUGGCGAGGAUAUUACCAGAUCCCCAGAUAAGGAGAAGCCGGACUUCGUGCAGAAAAUGUCUGAAGAAAUAUCUCAAAAGCUUCUUCGGGCACCCCAAGUUCCCAGCAGGAUUAGUUUCCAACUCCAGAGCUCUGCCAUUGGAGGACUGGCACACGUGACCAAGGUACCCCCCUCUGUUCCAGGUUGAACCCACAUGAACUUUCCGAGUGCCCUAUGGAGCCUGUGGUUUCCAGCCAUGCCAAAGACAAGCUGGAUCCGAAUAGCAGAGGAUGUAGUCUCAGCAUCUGCCACUCUGGGGGGAUUUUCCCCUGGAUGAAG